GUGAGCGAGUCGAAUUGGAGUUAUUGGAGUCAGACGGAGCAAGACGGAGUCAGUGCACGUUAGAAAUUGAAGCAGUACUUUUCAACUAACCUCCUGUGUGCAGUUUUAAUCAUCGCUGAGAGAAUAACAAGACUUAGAAAAUGAAUAAAAUCGUUUUUUUGUGUGCGUUAGCGUGCGUAAUUUCUGUGGCUUUCGCUGAGACUUGUCAGAAACCCGAAGUAGUUUCCUCGACAUAUGUGACAGAAGAUGCAACGGUUCUCACGGACGUCGCUUUUACCACGCAAUUCGUGUUGAAGUGCAGUAACGGUGUGAAAGGACUCAGUUUAUACGCUGAGGUCGAGGGCAAGACGUUACCAGCAGUUCGACUGAGCGCUGAUAAUAAAUACCAGGUAUCUUGGACAGAAGACAUCAAAAAAGCUAGACCUGACAAAUAUCACAUAAUAUUGUACGAUGAAGAACAGUAUGCUGCUGUUCGUAAAGCAAUAAGGAAUGGAGAAGAUCCUCACAAUGUGAGUCCCUUGGCAGUGGUUGUUCUCAACAAUCCAGGUGUAUAUCUCGGCCCUUGGGUAAAUUCUGAAUUCUUGGCUGCCUUCUUAGCCACACUUGUAUCAUAUUCAGCAUUUUCUGCAAAAUACAAACUUCUAGCAUAGAAAACUAUUUUUUUUGUUACUAGAAAAUAAAUAUUUAAAAAAACAUUCUCUUAUAAAAUCAUUCUCUGUACAUUUUAAUAUUCAUUGUGAAGAAAUUAACAGCAUCUUAUUUGCAUCCAUAUUUACACUAUAAUUGUUAAAUCUUUUCAUAUUGUAUAAAUAUACAGAAAUUUUU